AGCCUGCCCUGCUUCUCGCGCAUACCCGCGAGGCUCUGACAGCAGCACGAGCGAUGCGAGUCAAAGGCUGCGAGGAAACAGAAUAAACACCACCGACAGCAAAACCACCAACCAAACAAACACCACCUCGGCCGAAAAACGUCUUGUUUUAGCAGCGAACGCACGCAGUCGUCAUGUCGGUGCUGGCUCUGCAGGAGUACGAAUUCGAGCGACAAUUCAACGAAGACGAAGCGAUCCGAUGGAUGCAGGAGAACUGGAAGAAGUCCUUUCUCUUCUCUGCACUUUACGCUGCCUGUAUCCUGGGAGGCCGCCAUGUUAUGAAACAGAGGGAGAAAUUUGAGUUGAGGAAACCACUGGUGCUAUGGUCUCUCACACUUGCUGUAUUCAGUAUAUUUGGUGCCAUCCGUACGGGGAGUUACAUGACGUACAUCCUGAUGACGAAAGGGCUUAAACAGUCAGUUUGUGACCAGAGCUUCUACAACGGCCCAGUCAGCAAGUUCUGGGCGUAUGCUUUUGUACUCAGUAAAGCACCAGAGCUGGGCGACACGCUCUUCAUCGUUCUGAGAAAACAGAAGCUCAUCUUCCUCCACUGGUACCACCACAUCACCGUGCUGCUCUACUCCUGGUACUCCUACAAAGACAUGGUGGCCGGUGGCGGGUGGUUCAUGACCAUGAACUACCUGGUCCACGCCGUCAUGUACUCUUACUAUGCCUUGCGGGCGGCUGGCUUCAAGGUGUCACGCAAGUUCGCCAUGUUCAUCACACUGACCCAGAUCACCCAGAUGCUGAUGGGCUGCGUGGUCAACUACCUGGUGUAUUCGUGGAUGCAGCAGGGCCAGGAGUGUCCAUCCCACAUGCAGAACAUUGUGUGGUCAUCCCUCAUGUACCUCAGCUACUUUGUGCUCUUCGUUCAGUUCUUCUUCGAGGCCUACAUCGGCAAGUCUAAAUUAGCAGCUGCGGCUGUCAGUAAGAAGGCAGACUAAAAAAAAAAAAACAAAGAAACGCCAUAAUUAUUGGAAGAAGGGAAAUGAUGAAGAAAAGGGAGUCGGAAAUUGAGAGCAGGGACCAAUGACUUGAGAGAAUCGUUUAGGGUUGGGUGAGGGUUGCCUGGAAAGAAAGACUGACGGUGGAGAUGUGGUGCAGAGGUUGGGGGAGUGGGAGUGGGGGUGGGGGUGGGAGGGUGGAGAAGAUGGCUGACGUUUAUGCUUGAGCUACUAACGUGCAGAUCUAAAAUGCCUCGAUGGGGGUGACUUCUCUGUUGAGGGAUACUGAGGAAGCAGAACCACCGUGAUCAGAAGCCAUUGCGAGUUGUUCAUCUGGUGUUUUAAAACUUUUGAAUUCACCGUUAAUAGUUUUUAAAAGAUAAUUUAACCGAAACAUCAGAUUAUAAAAUUUCAUCUCCCACAACCAUGUGUUUAAAAAAAAAAAAAAAAAAAAGAAGGAAAAAAAAAAAGAAAAAAAGAAAUGUAUUGGUACAUAUGAAGAUGGAUAGAGUCGGCGUGUGUAUGUUUGUUUGUCUGUCAGUGUGUGCUGUUUUGUUUUGUCAAAGGAAAAGUUUGAGAUACUGAGGAAUGCAUGAAGCUGCUGGGUGUCGGGUGGUUAACAUGAAUUGAUGGGGUGAACGGCACUGUCUUCUGUGUCUUACAUUGCAAAAUGCGAUAUUUUCUCAGGUCUUAGGUUAUCUCUUUCUUAAUAUAAUAUGCAUAUCAAGACAAAGUAGACAUGUUUAACAUCAACACCGGUUUACAGUACAGCUGAAAAUCAUCCAGUGUGACUGCAUAGAUGUAUAAAGUAUGACUAAAGUUGAUACGACAAACAUGACUCAGAUGAUCACACUGCUCAUGGGCCUGAUGGGGAAACAGAUGCUUAAUGUGCCCUGCUUCACCGCCUGUCAUGACCGUGCAGAUGUUGCCAACCACACUUGGAAAAUGACUUGCCAUUGAUUUCCAAAUGCUCAAAGGGUCCCUACCAAUGAAGGAAUCAGUCUGUUGGACACUGAAAGCUUAAAUGGGAGACAAACAUUUAUGUUUAGCAAAAGAAAAAAAAAAAGUCAAACAUGCAAUUGUCAAAAUUUGCUGUAUUGAUUUUAAAAAUACUAUGUAUCCUUAAUGGUGUCUGUUGUGCUAUUGUGCAUUUGCACUGUAUCAAUGUCAAAAAUUGUUGCUGAAAAACUUAAUGUAUGAACAAAGUGCAAAAUGUGACAUUCUGUGGUUUUUAUUUUUAUUUUUGUCUUGGAUGCAACAUCUUGACAUUGCUCACACAUUAUAUAUAUAUUUUUUUGGUGCUGAACCUGAAAAGCCAUUCCUGGGACUACCUGGCAGAUUUACAAGCAGCAAUAUUUAGACAGAUCCGAAAGUGAAUUUCAAUUCUAGUAAAUUUUGUCGAACUGUUUAAAUAGAGAGUGCGCUUGCAUGCAUCUGCUUUUGCACAUUUUCAUGGCUAACAAUCAAACACUGAAAAGGAGAGGAAGGGCUUGCAGGCUUGAUUCAGUGAAGGUUCAAUCUUUACAGCAAUAAUUUGUCGGACAAAUUGUUGCAUAACUGCAAAAGUGUCAAAUUUCCCAUGUUUCCCUACCUGUUUACAUGUGAAGUACUAAAGCCAAUGUAUGUCACUGCGUAAAACAGGCUUUUUUUGUAAUUUGACUAAUUGAGUUGAAAAUUUUAACCAAUUUCCACCAUUGCUAUUGAAUCAGCAUUUAAAAGUAUUCACAUCAACUGUACCUGGUCUCCACCUAGAGGAACAUAUGUGCAAUAAAAAUUGUUUAAAGUAAAUGCAUUUCUUUCAUUAAAAAACAUGAAUUUGUGCUUCA